GCCAGGGCCAGAGCCGGGCCAGACCAGGCCAGGCCGCCGGGGUCGACGAGUUGGCGGCCUGUUGUGUAAGCCUCAGUCCUUGUUUUCCCCGGCCUGGCUCGUUGUGAAGCCGGACACAUCCACCCUUGGACUAGAUUCAAGAGGCUGCUGCUUUUCUCCAUGCCCCUCUUGGAUUUUCUGGAUUUUUGAAAACCCAGUGGCCCAGGAGGAGGAGGAGGAAGGAGGAAGGAGCAGAUCUACAGAGGAAUGUGAGAGCCUCCCAAGGCCUGAGGAGCCAGAAGGAUAUGGGAGCCAGAGCUGCCCAGGGUUUCUGGAACGGUGGUUUCUGAGUGAUUCUCUUCUAUUUUAGAACAUUGUUCCAGUGGAAAGUGUCAAGCGAAUUCUUGCCCUCUCAGAGCUGAUUUCUCCGAGUCACUUGGCUUUUCUUCUGGGAGUGGGAGGAAGGAGAGACUCCCCGAUCUGGGGUUGCCAAGGGAAGAGAGGAGGAUUAUGGACAUGAUCCCUCCCUGAUCACAGGAGCGUGCUGGGAGACCUAAUACUAAUAGGGCAGUUAAUGGGCAAUGGGCAUUGUUUUGAAUAGUGGGAGGCUGGACAGCAUCUGUGGGUGCUGAGACCCCAGCUUAGGUUGCUGACAGACUGAGUUGCUGUGACAGGCCUUGAGCUGCCCGUGCAUUCUCAGCUCUGGGCAGGACCCUCCCCUCUUCUUUCUCUACCACGGGUCCAGCCAUGGCACUGAAAGGCCGAGCCCUCUAUGACUUCCGCAGCGAGAACAAAGAGGAAAUCAGCAUCCAGCAGGAUGAGGACCUGGUCAUCUUCAGUGAGACCUCGCUGGAUGGCUGGCUGCAGGGCCAGAACAGCCGUGGUGAGACAGGGCUCUUCCCUGCCUCUUACGUAGAGAUCAUCCGUUCUGGUGCCAGCUCCAACCAUGCCGACUAUUCCAGCAGCCCAGGCUCUCUGGGCACCCAGGUGAGCUUGUAUGACAGCUCCAGUGUGGCCAGUCCUUCCAGGAGUGGUGGUGGUGGUGGCUUCCUCUCGCACCAGGGCAGCUUCGAGGAAGACGAUGAUGAUGACUGGGAUGACUGGGACGAUGGAUGCACAGUGGUGGAGGAGCCUCGGGCCGGUGGGCUGGGCACCAACGGGCACCCCCCUCUCAACCUCUCCUACCCUGGUGCCUACCCCAGCCAGCACAUGGCCUACCGGCCCAAGCCACCCCUGGAGCGACAGGACAGUCUGGCAUCUGCCAAGCGUGGCAGUGUGGUGGGACGUAACCUCAACCGUUUCUCGUGCUUCGUGCGCUCUGGGGUGGAGGCCUUUAUCCUGGGUGAUGUGCCCAUGAUGGCCAAGAUCGCCGAGACAUACUCCAUUGAAAUGGGCCCUCGUGGCCCCCAGUGGAAGGCCAACCCCCACCCGUUUGCCUGUUCAGUGGAGGACCCCACCAAACAGACCAAAUUCAAGGGCAUCAAAAGCUACAUCUCCUACAAGCUCACACCUACCCACGCUGGCUCACCAGUCUACCGGCGCUACAAACACUUCGACUGGCUCUAUAACCGCCUGCUGCACAAGUUCACUGUCAUCUCCGUUCCCCACCUGCCAGAGAAGCAGGCCACAGGCCGCUUCGAGGAGGACUUUAUUGAGAAGCGGAAGCGUCGGCUCAUCCUCUGGAUGGACCACAUGACAAGCCACCCCGUGCUGUCCCAGUAUGAGGGCUUCCAGCAUUUCCUCAGCUGCCUGGAUGACAAGCAGUGGAAGAUGGGCAAACGCAGGGCAGAGAAGGAUGAGAUGGUGGGUGCCAGCUUCCUGCUCACCUUCCAGAUCCCCACAGAGCACCAGGACCUGCAGGAUGUGGAGGACCGUGUGGACACCUUCAAGGCCUUCAGCAAGAAGAUGGACGACAGUGUCCUGCAGCUCAGCACCGUAGCAUCAGAGCUGGUGCGCAAGCACGUGGGGGGCUUCCGCAAGGAAUUCCAGAAGCUGGGCAAUGCCUUCCAGGCCAUCAGUCAUGCCUUCCAGUUGGACCCCCCCUUUAGCUCCGAGGCCCUCAACAGUGCUAUUUCUCACACGGGCCGUACCUAUGAAGCUGUGGGUGAGAUGUUUGCUGAGCAGCCCAAGAACGACCUCUUCCAGAUGCUUGACACGCUCUCUCUCUACCAGGGCCUGCUCUCCAACUUCCCUGACAUCAUCCACCUGCAGAAAGGCGCCUUCGCCAAGGUGAAGGAGAGCCAACGCAUGAGUGACGAGGGCCGCAUGGCACAGGACGAGGCAGAUGGCAUUCGUAGGCGCUGCCGCGUGGUGGGCUUCGCCCUGCAGGCUGAAAUGAACCACUUCCACCAGCGCCGUGAGCUCGACUUCAAGCACAUGAUGCAGAACUACCUGCGCCAGCAGAUCCUCUUCUACCAGCGGGUAGGCCAGCAGCUGGAGAAGACGCUGCGCAUGUAUGACAACCUCUGAUCAUGUGUACCUGGCCCCCACCCUGCCCCCGGGCCUGGUCGCCGCAGCACACUCCGCUCUCUUGAUCUCCCCACACCAGCAGUGGCUGGGAGGGGAUGGGGUGGGCUUUGGAGGAGUCCUGGGUACCCCCGGGGAAGUCUCCCAGCCCUUAGAGGUAGGGGCACAGAAGGGGUGAGAGUGGGGUCAGGAAGCUUCUGGGCUGAGGUCUGGGCUGCUGGUCAGUUGCUUGAGGCCGGGCCACAGUCUUAGCCUCCCCUAGAACCUACAGUACUCGCUCACCUGGCUACCACCCCCUCGUUCAUUCAGCAGGCACCAGGGCCUGCUGCAGCUCCGGGUCAGAUGCUGGGCACCCGGGACUGCGACAUGCCUGCCCUCAGGGAGUCCCCAGUAGAGGUAGGGUCAGACACAGAAACAGAUGAGGGCAAUGCAGAAUGAUUGAUGGUAAAUAAGGGGUUCCUGGGAGCUUAAAGAAAGAACCACUCAUUCUGUUGGUCAGGAAAGGCUCCAUAGAGUAGGUGAUAUUUGAGUAGUGUUUUGGAGAAUGACAAAGACCUGCCAGACAGUAAAUGGGGACAGUAGAUGAGAGAUGGCGGGGGGGGGGGGGUGGGGGGGACAUUCAGAAGAGAGGAAUAGCAUGGGCAAGGGUGUGGAGGAAUGAAAACACCCCCUCCUCCCACCUUUACUUUUCCCAAGUAAGUUUCGUGCCCCCUCGGUGGAGAUUCUGGACUGUGUGAUGGAGGGGAGGGAUCUUCUUCCUCCUGUGUCCCUGUCCCUGCCUCACCUUGUCCCCUCUGGAGGAGCUGCGGGCCAACUCCCUCCUGUCUCCCCUCCACCUGCUGAGCCUCCAUUACCCCUUGGCUAGGGGACCAUGCAGCAUCUUUACCCUGGGCUCAAGGUGCUGAGACAGGCCACUGACCCCAGGACGUUGGUGGCACCUUCCUGGAAAGGACACCCAGAAGUUACCAGAUAUUUGAGUUCACCAGCAAUAGCUCUCCACAUUCCGAGCAGGCUCGGGCCCCAGGCUUCCAGGGUCCUCAGACCCAGUGACUCCCGGAACCCUUCCUGUGGCACAGAGGGAAGGCCAAGGGGAAAAAGACGGGCUGGCUUGCCCACUGCCCCAGAAGCCCUGGGCCCGCACGCCCACGGCCAGCCUCACUGUGAUGUCAGCCCCAGCUCCCUCCCUGGCCAGGUUGUGCUGUCUCCCACCCGUGUUUACAUCCUCCAGGGGGCUACUCCUUCCCCCUAGGCCUGGGCAUGGGCCAGCUGUGGGUUGGGGGAACUGAUAGGUGCCACUGCUGGCCCCCCCUUGGGAGGUCAUGGCCACUCCUGGCUCCUGCUGCUUGAAUCUUUUUUCUUUCUUGUUUUCUUGAUAAACCUUUUGCAAUUAAGAUAA